AUGCAGAGGAGUUCUGGUUUCUAUGCUGCAAACCCUGUUGCUGCUCCCAAGGUGGUGGAAACUGUAGCAGUGAAGCAGGAGCAAAGCGCUAGUAUCAAGCAAGAGGCUGCGGCGCCGGCUAUGGCGGCUAUGGCGACCCCCAAACCUGCUGCUGCGGUGAGCCGCAUCAAGCAAGAAGAGCUGACUAGGAAAGCUGCGGCCCCGGCUCCGGUGUACUCUCGUUGCAUCGGCGGUUGA